GUAAAAUGUCCUAAACGAGAUGAAAAGGUAGCUUAGCCAACAUUUUUCUGGGCAUCGUUUAAAGGUACUCUUGGGUUUUUUUGGAAUGGCUGGUAGAAUCAAGGAUGUGGAAACCUCACUACGACAACAACUCGGAUCUUUGGCUCGAUCUUCCUCUAAGCAUUGCAUUUAUAGGGUGCCUGAUCAUUUACUUAAGGUAAAAAGAGAAUGUUACAACCCUUUAGUUGUUUCCAUUGGUCCUUUAUACUAUAAGAAUCGAACCCUAAAAUCUUCCCAUGAGCUAAAAUUGAGGCACCUUAAAUGCUUCCUAGAGUUUUGUAAGUAUACAAAUGGCAACAAUAAUGCUACAUCCUUAGGUGAAUUCAUUGAUAUAAUUGGAGAGUGUGAGGAGGAAGCGCGUUCCUAUUAUGCUGAAAAAAUAACUCUUUCUAGUGAUGAAUUUGUUGAGAUGGUAAUGGUUGAUGCUACAUUUAUCAUCUUCUUACUUAUAGAAUUUUCCGAUCAAUUUUCACUCGGUCCUCAUCCUAUGGAGAACAAGUACGACGUGAUGCUUCAAGUGCACCAAGAUUUAUUUUUAGAAGAAAAUCAAUUACCCUUUUUCAUUCUCAACCAUCUAUACGAUGUAGCAUUUGGUGAAGCCUAUCCCAAUAUUUCCUUCAAGGAUAUUACUUGUAAUUUCAUAGGUUUUAGUUUUUUCCCGGGAAGAGAAGUUGCACGUAGUGCAAUAGGUAAAGAAAAGUUAAUGAAAGUACCAAAAAUUAUGCACCUUGUUGAUUUCCUAAGGACUUGUUGCUUACCUACAAAACUUCGUUACCAAUUGCCCGAGUAUACCAAUGGUGUAGAUUCUGAUGAACUUCCUUUAACUGCCAAGGAAUUAAAGACAUUAGGAGUUAAGUUUAUGGCAAGUGAAAGUAAGACUUUACUUGAUAUUACAUUUUCAAAGGGAGUUUUACAUAUUCCGACAUUGACAAUUCAAGAUACUACCGAAUCAACUCUUAGAAGCAUUGUAUUUUUCGAGCAAUGUCACCAUUUUUGUGAUUCUUAUGUUAUCGACUACUUAUUCUUCCUCGAUGCAUUGAUUCACACCCAAGAAGACGUGCAAAUUCUUGUUCAACAUGGGAUAAUUAAGCAUUUUUUUGGGAGUAACGACGAGGUGGCUAAUCUCUUUAAUCGAAUUACGAAGAACUUAAGUAUGAGAAACCCGGGCUUCUAUUACGCUCAAGUUUGUCAAGAUUUGAAUGCAUAUCUUAUCAAGACGAAGAAGAAUAAAUGGAAGGCUCUAAUGUCUAAGAAAGACUGUUUCGAUUAUCCAUGGUCAAUCAUGGUGGUUUUUAUUCUCUUAGCAUUACAAGUUUAUAGUAAUUUUAUUAAUUAAAAUUGUAGUUAUAUCUUGAUUUC